CUUUUCACACAUAACUGGUCAUUUGAAGGCAACCGGAGUUCAUCCGUUGUUUGGAGCAGUUUGAUGCUGCUGCUUCCAGCUCGGAGAGAUAAGUGAUCAGUGAUCCCUCAUCCCGGGCGUCAGUCAGGGAGGCUCUCUCUCUCUCUCUCUCUCUCUCUCUCUCUGCUCGGCUUUCCUUCCCCCCUACUUUGCCCCUCUCUCCCUAAUUUAAUAACCCGUCCAGCAUGGCUCCGACCUUGACCACGGCGUUCGCCAGGCGCUGGUGGAUGGCCGUGACUUCCAUCAUCGAGAAUCUGCUCUUCUCCGCCGUGCUGCUGGGAUGGGGAUCGCUCCUCAUCAUGCUCAAGUCAGAAGGCUUCUACUCGUACCUUUGCCACGAAGAGGGCUUCAACAGUUCCAGCGUCAAUCUAUCCCAAAACCUAGCAACACAGGCGCCCGAUGACUAUGCCGACUACUAUGACAGCCAGCGUGGCUCGGUUGGUCUGGGAGACGGAGUGGAGAUGAGGCCCCUGGCCCCCGUAGAUGGGCCCCUGAGGAUGAACGGCUGGCUGAUUUGUAAAGAACAGGAUGAGAUGCUGAACCUGGCGUUCACGGUGGGCUCCUUCCUGCUCUCGGCCAUCACGCUGCCACUGGGGGUCGUCAUGGAUAAAUACGGGCCCCGCAAGCUCCGACUGCUGGGCAGCACGUGUUUUGGAUUCUCCUGUCUUCUAAUUGCUUAUGGAUCCUACAAUCCAAAUGAACUCUCCGUCCUUAUCUUCAUUGCCCUGACCUUCAAUGGAUUUGGGGGCAUGUGCAUGACCUUCACCUCUCUCACGCUCCCUAACAUGUUUGGGGACCUCCGCUCCACCUUCAUCGCCCUGAUGAUUGGCUCCUACGCCUCCUCUGCUGUCACCUUUCCUGGUGUGAAGGUGAUCUACGACCUUGGCAUAUCUUUCAUUACUAUCCUGGUGGUGUGGGCUGCAUGUUCCGGACUGGUCUUCUUGAACUGCUUCCUGAACUGGCCAUUGGAGCCCUUCCCAGGACCGGAAGACAUGGACUACACUAUAAAGAUCAAGUUCAGCUGGCUGGGCUUUGACCAUAAAAUCACGGGGAAGCAGUUCUACAACCAAGUGACCACCGUGGGACGUCGUCUAAGUGUGGGUGACAAUCUGAAGCAGAAGGAGUUGGCCACCAAGGAAGGAAACCAGCUCUGCCUCUCCACCACGGACCUGGAAAUGGAGACGAAAGAAGAGUCCCAGUCAUUCUUGAAAACCAUCACCAGCACAAUCUUCGUGCUCAGUCUGGUGACCAUGUCCAUCACUCAGCUCCGUCUCCUGUUCUACAUGGGGGCCAUGAACAGCGUUCUGGAGUCGCUCAGUGGUGGAGACCUCGACAAAGUGGAAAGAAUGGAAGUCGUGGGUCUCUACUCUUCCAUCUUCGGCGUAUUGCAGCUGCUUUGCCUGAUGACCACUCCUGUGAUUGGUCAGAUCAUGGAUUGGAAGCUGAAGGAAUGUGACGAUGGAGCGGAGGGAAAGGAGCCGAGCAGAAAGGGGGAGACACAGAUUAAGCGCAGAGACAAAAAAACACAGAAGGUGACCAACGCCUUGCGAGCAUUCGUCCUCACCAACGUCCUUUUGGUGGGAUUUGGGAUCACUUGUCUGGUGCCCAAUCUCCCCCUGCAGAUUGUGUCGUUCGUCUUACACACUGUGGUGAGAGGAUUCAUUCAUUCAGCGGUUGGCGGCCUCUACGCUGCUGUGUAUCCCUCCUCGCAGUUUGGCAGUCUGACGGGCAUGCAGUCUCUGGUCAGCGCCGUCUUUGCUCUCCUGCAGCAGCCCCUGUUUCUGGCUAUGAUGGGACCCUUGGAGGGAGACCCUUUCUGGGUCAAUAUUGGACUCUUUGGUCUGAGCAUGCUGGGCUUCUUGCUGCCUCUCUACCUGAUCUGCUACAGACGGACACUCUACAAACAGCAACAGCAACGGGAGGACAACGCUAAGAUCUACUUAAAAAUCAACGGCUCCGACGUCCCCGAGGCCUACGUCUAGAGGCAACUGAAAUGUUAACUACUUAGAAUAUGCCAUCUAAACCUACGGCGUGAGUUAUGUAGGUUCCCAUAGAGUACACACACACACACACACAAACACAUCGCCUUGCCCUUUUUUCCACACUGCGAAAGAAGAUAAAACGAGGCCGUGGUUGUCACAGAAUGUGGUCAGGUGCACAGUCGCUAAGUAGGAAGGUGAAACGCGGAGGAAAAAAGACGAGGAAAGACUGUGAAAGGAAAGAGGCACGAGCCCUCUGCAUCUCCCCCCAAAUCCUCUGACUUUUUUUUCUAUAACCUCCUCUCCGAACAACGUAUCAGUGCAGAUCUGCUGCGCAUAAGACUGUUUUAAUAUCCCACAAACGAACAGAAAAGGAGAGUUUGUUUCGCUGAAGAACAUCAUCGCUGCGACAGUAUCAAUUCUGCUUAACAUCCACCACAAAAUGACU